AAGACAGACAGAAUGCUGCCUGCUGUUGUAAAGCUCUGCUGUGCAAUCUCCUACCCACAUCUGAGGAGUAUAACAGGACUGCAACGCACAGCUGUGGCAGUGAUAGGCCAGGAGCUCACACACCUGCAGCGCUGGGGACAGGUCCAACAUCUCAUCGGAACACAUGCUGGAUUAAAGCAUAAUGAGCCCAAACCUGAAGUAAUAAAGCCCGUGCCCUCGAAAGAAGAUCAGCUGCUCUAUGUUCAACAAGGCCAAGAAGCAAUGAGGAAGGCUCUCUGUUUGUUAGAAGACACACAAGGAUGGAAGGUCGAGAUCACAGAGAGCGAGGGGGACGUGAUCUGCAGCAAAGUGAUACCGGGGGCCAGGAAGGUCUUCAGGCUGGAGGCGGUCAUGGACGCCAGCGUGGAAGAGCUCUACGACAUCCUGUUUGUCAGGGUGGAGGAGAUGCACCAGUGGAACCCGAGCAUACAGCAUAUCAGAGUUCUGAAGCAUGUUGGACCCGAAACACUCAUCACUCAUGAGGUUUCAGCCGAGACAGCGGGAAAUCUAAUUGGUCAAAGGGAUUUCCUGAGUGUCAGACACAGUUGCAAAAAAAAGUCCAGAGUUUAUCUUGGAGGAGCAGCAAUUCAGCUGGAGUCCUUCCCACCGCAGGCAGGCUUUGUGAGAGCCGAGGACGGACCAACCUGCAUCAUCAUUCAGGCUCUGGAAGAGGAUAUUGGAAAAAGCCACUUCACAUGGCUUCUGAAUAUGGAUGUUAAGGGCUGGCUGCCAAAGUCCAUUGUCAAUCAGGCUUUACCCCGAGCACAGCUGGAUUUCACCAGACACCUCCGCAGACACCUCCGCAGACGUCUCACAGCGAGCACCACCCUGGGCUAACUGAGUCUAUGAAACACCCACAUUGCAGCACCACCCUGUCAUCACUCACAGGAGACGACCGGGUGAUGGAGGCCCGGUGACAGACUCGUAACAAGAGUGCCCUUUCAGCAAGAGCGGAAACGCUGCCUGGAGAAGUCGCUCGGCUCCGGAGCUGGCAGACACCAGUGUCAGCUGCUCGGUGACAGCCUGGCAGACGGCAGCUGGUUCAUAGGAAUUAAUUUCACAAUGUACCACUCAAACCUCAAGAUUUCCUGACUAGGAGUCAUCACUUGUCUGUUCACACACAGCUAACUGAAGAACAACUGGAAAAAAAGAAUAUAAACUCCUUGAAUGUGACUAUUUUGCCUGAUUCAUUUUCUUUCAUCACUUGUUUCGUCAUUGUUUUGAAUAACACUGACCUACAUAACAGAUGUCUACUCUCAACUCAAACACAGUAAAUAUACGAGUCUCAAGUCAGUCAACCACAACACGAAAGUCAAGUAAGAAAAGGCUGAACAAAACAAGAAAAAAAACAAGUAUCUCUGUUCUUUCAAACAUGUUUUACUUUGUUCUCCAUACCACUUAAAAAUUCAAUAAAUAUUAACAUUUAAAGCUUUCAUUCAAAUAUGUAUAUACAAGAACUAUACAAUAAACAUAAUGAUGUUAUGAACUGCAUUGCAGGAAUGAUGUAACAGUAUGACCAACCACAGUCUGUAGACUUACAGCAUCGCCUGAAUUUGUACAAUUGCAACAUACUUUCCGUUCAAUUCCUGGUUGUUAAUUUCUUUUCAUAACUUGAAAUUUACACUAUAUACAUUAUUAUCUGAAAAAUAUACCAGUUACAAAAAGAUAAUUACUUUUUUUUUCCUUAAAUCUUUUUUGUUUUUAAAGCGUUAAGUGACCGGCAUCCACAAAGGCAGACGGAGGGCAUGCUACAGUGGGGUUGGCCUGUAGACAGUCAUGAUUUUCUUUUACCAGUGACGAUAAUCACUGGUUCGUUGGUUUUGGGAACAAAUGACAAAAAAAAAAGAGCACCGGGGACAGAGAAGCUAUGAGGCUCCCUGCAAGGAGUGAUGUCUACGGAGUCUGGAGUGUGCCACUGGAAUAAUUAUAGACCCAACAGGUGUCUUACUAUAAUAAAUUAGAUACAUUUUAAAAUCCAUUAUCAAUUAAUUACAUUUGCAUUUAAUGAUAAAAGAUGAGGGAAACACUGGCUUGGCUCUGCCCAAAGUGAAAAAAAUUAAUCUAUCAAGACCUCUUAAUAUUGUGGCUAUUUCUUAAUGAACAGUUAGUUUGUUUAGUUGGCAACGUCAUGGUGUCGACAAGACUCCAGGAAGUCACUGCACCAAGCCAAGAGUUAGUUACACCAAAAAGUAUGUUUUUUGUUCGUAUUUAGAUUAAACAAACUAGAUACAACAUGCUAUAAUUAGCGGGAGUUAUUCAAAACCUUGUUGAGAGCCAGGCUAAUUGCUUCAUAAUGCUAAGCUAACAACCAUCCUGGCUGUAGCUCCAUAGUUGAUGCACAAUAAUGAGAGUUAUGUCGAUCUUCCCAGCUGUUAUGUAAUGCACUGUUCUGCCAACCAUGAGUUUAUGUUACUGCUCUG